GAUGUCCGAAUCGAGAGAUCAAAGAGAUUUUGGACCUCAUGAUUCCCAAACAAGAAAUCACCCAAGAAACCACCAUCAUGGUCAUCAUCACGGUGAUAUGGUCUCUCACCAUCGCUCUCCUCCACCUGGUAGCUAUGAAAGCAGCUGGACUCCAUACCGCAAUGAACGAUGGUUAUAUUAGCUCAGCAAUAGCCCAAGCGGCAGCUUCCGAGUUCGAUGCUCUUUAUACCAGGAUCGCCUCACCAGGAUUCAGCUCUUAUACACCUACUGGGUAUCCUAGAAAAAUCAAAUUCUACCGCCGGGAUCAACCAUUCUAUGAAUUUACAAACUUUUCCAGUCAUAUGUUUGAAGAUGAACUAGACCAAGAGAGAAUUCGCCAGCAAAACACUCCAAGAGACGCCUUGGAAGAAGCGCAAAGAAUGCGGGAUAGAGUGAGAGAAGGAUGGGUAGAACAUGAUGUUAGUAUUCAAAUGAUGCUUACUACCCUCUUGCAUAAGUUCACACAACAUGAUUCGCUUAGACAGAGACUAUUGUCCACGGGGGACGCAAUAUUGAUCGAA